AUGAACAAAUAUGAAACAGCGCUGCAGCGCAUCGAUGCCGCGCACGCCGAUGACCCCCGCCAAACUCAGACCGCAUCAGGCCCAAUUCCCUACGAACUGCACUACGCCCACAAAAUGACGAGCUACCUCACAACCCUGCAACCCCACGCCACAGAGCUCCUGCGACUCGCAAUCCGCGCCCAACACCUUCGCCGCUGGGAAGUCCCGCGCGACAGCUACCCCGCCACAAAGAUCGGGUAUCACUCGUGGCGCGCGGGGCUGCAGAGGCGGCAGGCGGCGCUGGUCGAAGAGAUUUGUGUGGAGAGUGGGUUUUCGACAGAGGAGGCGGCGAGGGUGGGUGCGCUGGUGCGCAAGGCAGAUCUGAAGCAGGGGGAUCCGGAUACGCAGACGCUGGAGGAUGUGGCUUGUCUUGUUUUUCUGGAUGAUCAGUUUGAUAAGUUUGAGACGGAUCUUGGGGAUGAGGCGAAGAUGGUGGAUAUUUUGCGGAAGACUUGGGGGAAGAUGUCGGAGAGGGGAAGGGAGGAGGCUCUGAAGAUUAAGUUGUCCGAGAAUGCGCAGAGGUUGGUUGGAAUUGCUUUGAAUGGGUGA